AUGAUUGUGAGGCCACCGCGGUCAGAGCUCGUCAAUGGGUUGAUUGAAGGUACGGAAUUGAUUCAGCGGAAGCGGUGCCCUACUGAGUGUUUGCUGAUCGGUUGUGAUUAUGAACGGAACAUCAGUGGAGUGUGUGAAGUUUCUAUCGUGAAUUUUAAGCAUAAUACGUGGGAGCCGGAAGAGAACAUUCUGGACGAGCGGUUGAUAGAAACUUUUGAAGAAGAGUUGACCGAAAAUUCUUCCAAGAGAGGUCCAAAGCCCAAGCGACCGCUACGAGACCGGAGCUCAAAAGAAACAUCUACGAAAAGACCCAGUAAGCGAAAGCGACCCGCUAAAGACGAGGACGAAGACGACGAAGAUAGUGAGGAUGAGGCCAAGUUAGAAGAAGAAAACGAAGGCGAAGAAGCCGACGAGGACGCAGAUGACACAGAGGGGAACGACAACAAUCCCUCCGCUCAUCAAGACGACCCAAGCCAACCCAUGUCUCCCAUCCCUGCACCCACAAAAAACAAAUUUGAGGUUUCAGAAGAGCCACCUAAGGCUGCGAAGAAGAAGAAAGUGAAGCGACGGAAGAAGAAGCGGAAGCGCGGUAAGGACGCUGACGAGGAUGGUGAAGAAACUGGGGAUUCGGAUGAAAACGCCGACUCCGACGACAACGCGGAGCCUCGUAAAGCUGAGGUGCUUAAGGAACAUGGAAAAAUCGGCGUGACCAUUUCCAUGGGGAACAAGAAGGAGUCUCCGCCUGCACUGAAAAUCUCCACUUCACCGAACAACGUGGGCGUUGUGAUCUCGAAACUAUCGCCUUUGUCCAGCGCGGAUGUGGUGAGUCCUGUUGCAGAACGUCAUCACCGUCACCGACAUCGGUCAGACAAGACAAACGGCGAAGAGGUCAUUACGCACGGGUCCGACUACUGGCAACGUCUUAAUCCUGUCAUGGAUCAGAUCCUGGUCACUGACGUCACUUCAGGCUCCACAACUGUCACCAUUCGGGAAUGCGCCAUCAGAGAAGGUUUCUUUAAAUCCCCCACAGAAGAUUCAAAAGCAGACGCCAAGCCACCCCUGCGUCAUCAAUGAAGUGGAGUGUUCCUCUAGAUUCAAUCGUUCUCAUUUGUUUUUGAGAUUUUUUUAAUAAUGGCUGAAAGCGAAUGGUCGAGGUUUCUGCCGAAUGUUGUCGGAAGGCGUUGCAUGGAAAAAAAGAAAGGAUAGAAAACGGGAUCUUGCGCUGAUUAGACGCGCCUCGCGGUGAAGUCUCGUUUUACUUGUUCCAGUUGUGAUUGUUUGCCUGUGCAGACCAUCACGCCAAAGGGUAUUUGUUGAUUGUAGCUUAAGUUUUCAUGUCAAUAUUAUUUUUCAACGAAGUCUGAUCGCGAUUUCUUUGGAGCACUUUGCGUUGAUCCCCAAAGAAAAUCCCAAAGCUUUUUCAAGCCUGUCGUUGAAUUUAUA